AUGAGGCUCUCAUUCGCCAGUGCCGCAGCUCUCUUCACCCCGCUGGCACUCGCCGCGGCCGACGUCCUCGAAUACAAGUCGACGCCCCCUGGACAAGUGAUCAAGGCCGGAGUCAAACUCCGGAUUCUCCCCGUCGGUGACUCCAUUACCGUGGGCUUUUUAAGCAGUGAUGGGAACGGUUACAGGCUGGAGCUCGAUGAGGACCUGUCUGCCAAUGAUGUGGUUUUUGCCGGAACACUCACUUCCGGCAACAUGACCGACGGUUACUAUGCGGGUUGGUCUGGACAAACGAUCCAGUAUAUCGCAGACAAUGUUGGGCCUUCCCUGGAACAGCGGCCGAACAUCAUUCUUCUCCACGCUGGGACCAAUGACAUGAACCCGAACCCAACCGUUUCCAAAGAAGGCAAUGAUCCGGCGGGCGCUGCCGAGCGACUGGGGUGCCUCAUCGACCAGAUGAUCACCGCCUGUCCUGAUGCCACCAUCCUCGUGGCCCAAAUCGUUGACACCUGCGAUGAGAACCAGAGGCCCGCAACGGAAGAGUUCCAGAAGUUGAUCCCAGCCGUCGUUGAGCAGCGGAGAAAUGCCAGUCACCACGUUCUGGCUGUGGAUUUCGCUGCCCUGGGCGACAGCAUCCUGCGGGCCGACUGCAUCCAUCCGACCAAUGAAGGUUACCGUACCAUGGGAGAUUAUUGGUACGACUUCAUUGCACAGAUUCCAAAGGACUGGAUCAACCAGCCUGUCGGCAACGACCCUGGCAGAUCCAAUGGGGAGGAUACGAGUGCAAACAAGAGCGUAUCGGGUAGUACCAGCGCUGCUACCUCUCGGUUCAAGGAAAAAUGGUUAAUGCCCUUGACGGUUCAAGUAAUGAUAGCACUAAUGAUAAUGGAUAAUUGA